AUGACGCGCCCUGGGCAGGCGCUCAACCGCCGCCGUCUCCCCAAGGCCUGCGGGCAGCGGGCAGCGCCGGCCACGACGGGCGGCGAGGCAUUCAUGCCCAGCAGCGUGGAGAGCGUCCGUGCAGGCGAAUACGUCACGGCUCGACACCGCUCCCAUGGGGCCAUUCAUGCCUCGCAGCGCGGUAGGGGAUGCGCCCCUGCAGGGCCCGGCGCCGGCUCUGGCAGCACCUGGCAGCACCUGGCAGCACCUGGCAGCACCUGGCAGCACGGCAGCGGCCAUGCGCCCCCUGAAAUCGAUCGCAGCACAGGCGCCAGAAGGAGGCUGGACGCGGUGGGUUCUGCAGCCAGCGGCCAGCACAUCGGCGAAUCGGCAGGCGCGUGCGCGCGCGCUGAGCCCCCACACCGCCCGGACAUGACGCGGGAGAUCGCUCGACACCUCAAUCUCGACGUCCGCCCAAGAGUCACUCGCCCUCGCGCCCCACCGCACACACGCCUGACCUAUAUGUCCAGCCCUGCGCAUGGCGCAGUCGAGAGCCGGCCGAAGACACCCACCCGCGCUAGGGCGCCAUCCCCGACCCCAGCCAUGGCCGCCCGCGACGACAAGCCGCGUUAUGACGCCGGCAACCGCACCCUCGACCAUUACCAGAGCAAGCUGCCCGCCUGGCGCUACCGCCUGCGCUGCUCCCUGAUUCCCGUCGUGCGUUGGGAGACGCCCUAUCUGGCCUACAUGCAAGAUGCCCUGCGCACCCCCGCCCUGGACUCCUACUUUGCCUUUACGGCCAACCUGGGGACCCACACCUUCUUCAUGAUCAUGCUGCCCAUCCUCUUCUGGUGUGGCUACACCAAUCUCGGAAAAGCAAUGGUACACGUUCUGGCGUCAGGUGUCUUCUGGAGUGGCUUCAUCAAGGACAUGCUCUGCCUUCCGCGCCCGCUUUCCCCACCGCUGCACCGCAUUACCAUGUCCGGUUCUGCUGCCUUGGAGUAUGGGUUUCCCUCCACCCACUCCACCAACGCUGUAUCCGUGGCCGUGUAUGCCAUCCACAUGCUACACACGAGUGGAGACGCCUCCGACGCCACCGCUCACGCAGCCAUGCAGGCUGCACUCUACUUCUAUGCUGCCUCAAUCGUCUUUGGCCGCCUUUACUGCGGCAUGCAUGGCUUCCUUGAUGUCAUUAUAGGUACCCUUGUGGGCGCCCUGCUUGCCGGCGUGGAGAUCCUCUUCGGUAAUUCCUUUGACCACUGGGUCUGCCAGGACAGCUUCUGGGCGCCGCUCCUCGUCACGCUCGUGAUUCUUGUUCUCGUUCGCAUCCACCCGGAGCCUGCAGAUGAUUGCCCGUGCUUUGACGACAGCGUGUGCUUCGCCGGCGUUGUCAUUGGCUGCGAGAUUGGAGUCUGGCACUUCUCAAAGACUCGCUUUGCCUACGAUGACCCGGUUCCCGGAACCGUGGCGUUCAGUUUACACCAGUUAGGCUGGCUUAGGGCCGUUCUCCGCAUCGUACUCGGUGUUUUCAUCAUCUUUGCGUGGAGGGCAACCAUGAAGCCGCUUUUGCUAAGAUUCCUCCCUCCCUUGUUCAGGAUUUUGGAACGUCUCAGGAUGAAUCUCCCACGCAAGUUCUUCCUGCAGGCAUCUGAAUACUCGAGCAUUGCUAAUUUACGCGAUGACGAUCAUGUCAUCCCCUCGGCAUCCGAGAUCCCUGCUAAGCUGAACAACCUCCGCCAUCCCCGCAAACGCACUGUCUCCAUCGGGCCCCAAUCAAUGGCCGAUGCGUAUGAGACUCUUGCCUACCGUCAUCAACGAAGGCGAGAGAGUCUAAAUUCUCAAGAAGGCGAGCGCCCAAAAAGCCCCUUGAAGGGCAAGGAUGAGAGUUACUUCCUAGCCGAACCCAAGGACGCCGCCACAUCCACAUCUUCAAGCACACUCGGUACCCCGGUCGGGGCAAAUCUUCUUCCAACCCCGAUUUCUUCCCGAGUACAUUCAUACGAGCAGAUGAUGGGCGCUGGAAGCUCACCUGAAAUUGCUGCCACAAGCCCCAUGACCCCUACCGAAAGCGACCCUAGUGCAGGAUCGCCACCGAACCAGGCACUGGACAUGAUGCCGGAGGAUGAGGAGAAGGAAGACAGUGAAAUAUUUUCGAAAUUGGAAAGGCCGCGAGUGCGGUACGACGUGGAGGUCGUGACGAAGCUCAUUGUUUACUCUGGAAUUGCAUGGCUAGCGGUAGAGGGCAAUCCUUUACUCUUCGAGUAUUGCGGACUUGGAAUGAGAUAG